CAUACUUGACGUUAGGCAACUUUCAUUACACGUAACCUCCUAUGUAUUUAACGGUUAUAUUCACAGCUGAUACAUGUAAACAAAUUUGAAACUGAAAUCUUAACUUCAAAUCAACAAUAUUUACACAUUGAUAAUUAUGGAAGAUCCAGACGCUACAAUUUUACAAACGAGUGUGGAUUUCAACGUAGAUGACAUUCUUUUGAAAUACGGCAUUGGGACAACCACUGAAAUUGAAUCAAACACAAGAAAAACCAAAACAUCACCAAAAAUUAGCAAAGACAGGCCAAAACUUAAAGUCUAUGAACUCUCUUCAUCUGAAAGUGAAGAUGAAUUAAAGUCUCCAAUUAAAAAGAAUUCGAAGAAGGCAAAUCUUAAUAACAGUCCUCAUUCACCAAACAAAACAAACAAAAUUACUAAAAAGAAAUCACCUAAUAAAGUUGAUCCAGCUAGAAAAGCAUUGCUUGCCCUAGAAAGGGCACAAAGAAAACAAGAUGCUGAAAACAAAAAAUUGGAAGCUGCUAAGCACAAAGAGAUUAAAAAGAUGAUGAGUGAGGCCAACAAACAACUAAAACCAGAAGAAUGUUUAAAGUUUGUUACUGCAAUUAUAGAUGAAAACAUAACAAACAAAAAUACUAUAGAUCUAACCAGUGCAUUCAAAGAAUUGGGAAGCAAUUACCAGCUGCAAUCACAAAUAAUUCCCAAUACAAUUACAUGGACAAGAAAACUGCACACACAUCAAAUCAAUGAUGAUUGUGGCACAUUAAAACCCAUUGUAACAGUUGAAGAACUCCCCGAUUUAUUGCUCAUCCUAACAUCUCAGGAGUUAUUUGAGUUUAUCAAACAAGAUAAACUCAUGCAGCACAUAAAAACAAUUGAGUCUAUUUUCGUAAACAAAUCAGUAUCCUUAGGUGUACUUGGACUUGACAAAGAAGUGAAGAACCUAAAAGGCAAACAAGGUUUAUCCUACACUGAUGUAAUGACUGCACUCACUGAAAUUCAGAUAUUUUGCAAUUGUUGCUAUAGAAAUUUAAAUGGCCCAGCAGAUCUUCUGGCUUUACUUUGUCAGUUUACUAAAGCCAUCGCCCAACGACCUUAUAAAUUGCAACAGCAGGAAAAGUACGCGGCAACAAAUUGGUACAUGAAGGGCGAUAACAAAGACUGCGUGAAAGUCGACAAAAAAGGUAAUGGAUUGAAACGCCUCUGGCAGCAACAGAUAACGGCAUUUCCAUUAGCACGGUUGGAAACAGCCGAAUCAAUAAUUGAAAAGUAUCCCACACUUCCAAGUCUAAUGGAGGCGUAUGACUUUUCCAUCAAUAAAGAAAGAGAAAACUUAUUAGCUGAUAUUGAAGUUCGUCGUCAUGCUGGUCCGAUGACGUCGAGUCGCCGUAUUGGUAAAGAAAUGAGCAAGAAACUCAAUAUUUUCUACAAUUCCUUAGAUGGAGAUGCCACCAUCAGUUAAACAACUAUGUCAAAUACUUACAUUUAUAAUAAACAUAUAAACGAUUA